AUGAGUGCUUCUGGCUUGCCCUUUGUUCCAGUUCCAGCUGUAAUCUUCUUCAAGGAAAAUAUGGAAGGAAUAAAGGUGAUUGCCAUGGUAUUGGCCCUCUGGGGCUUCGCUUCAUAUCUCUAUCAGCACUAUCUCGACGAUUUAGAGUCCAAGGCUGAAAAUAAACAUGUAAAAGAAAUUUCAAUGAUUCCUUUACUGAAAGAGGACAACUUUUGA